UGGGGUCAGGUCUGCGGAGCUGAGGGUUGAGCGAGGCGAAGCGAGGUUUCUUUUUUGAGGGGGAAGUCCCGGCUUGGCUGCAGCUCCCGAGCGCCCUCGGCUGCGGCUCCGUUCCCCCAAGUCCCACGCUUCUCCAAAGCGCCCAGCGCUCGGUCCCGGGCCAAGCGGCUCAGCCGUCGAAAGUUUUUUUUUUUUUUUGCCCGCUUCUCUUGGGCGCCGCUCUCCCUGCAGCCAUGCCGGUCUUCCACACCCGCACCAUCGAGAGCAUCCUGGAGCCGGUGGCCCAGCAGAUCUCCCACCUGGUCAUCAUGCACGAGGAGGGCGAGGUGGACGGCAAGGCCAUCCCGGACCUCAACGCCCCGGUGGCCGCCGUGCAAGCCGCCGUCAGCAACCUGGUCCGGGUGGGAAGAGAUACCGUUCAGACAACCGAAGACCAGAUUUUGAAGAGAGAUAUGCCACCAGCAUUCAUCAAAGUGGAAAAUGCUUGCACAAAACUUGUCCAGGCAGCUCAGAUGCUCCAAACGGAUCCUUAUUCGGUACCUGCUCGCGAUUACCUGAUCGAUGGAUCCCGAGGAAUCCUUUCAGGGACAUCGGAUUUACUUCUGACCUUUGAUGAAGCCGAGGUCCGUAGAAUCAUCCGUGUAUGCAAAGGAAUUCUAGAAUACCUCACUGUGGCUGAAGUGGUGGAGACAAUGGAAGACCUGGUGACAUACACGAAGAAUCUGGGACCAGGGAUGACCAAGAUGGCCAAGAUGAUUGACGAGCGGCAGCAAGAACUUACUCAUCAGGAGCACCGAGUCAUGCUGGUCAACUCCAUGAACACAGUGAAGGAGCUCCUCCCUGUCCUUAUUUCAGCAAUGAAGAUUUUUGUAACAACUAAAAACUCUCGGAGCCAGGGAAUCGAGGAAGCCUUGAAAAACCGCAAAUUUACAGUGGAGAAGAUGAGUACAGAAAUAAAUGAAAUAAUCCGUGUAUUGCAGCUGACUUCCUGGGAUGAAGAUGCUUGGGCCAGCAAGGACACGGAAGCCAUAAAGAGAGCUCUGGCUUUAAUCGAUUCCAAGAUGAACCAGGCCAAGGGAUGGCUCAGGGACCCCACUGCUCCAGCAGGUGACGCUGGUGAACAAGCCAUAAGGCAAAUCCUGGACGAAGCAGGAAAUGUUGGAGAAUUGUGUGCAGGCAAAGAACGCCGGGAGAUUCUAGGCACCUGCAAAAUGUUGGGCCAGCUGACGGAUCAACUAGCUGAUCUUCGGGCCAGGGGUCAAGGUGCCACCCCUCUCGCCAUGCAGAAAGCUCAGCAGAUCGCUCAAGGGCUGGACUUACUAACUGCAAAGGUGGAAAACGCAGCUCACAAGCUGGACGCGAUGACCAACUCUAAGCAGGCCAUAGCCAAGAAGAUUGACGCUGCUCAGAGCUGGCUGGCAGAUCCUAACGGGGGCAGCGAAGGAGCAGAACACAUCCGGGGCAUUAUGACAGAAGCCAGGAAAAUUGCAGAACUGUGUGAAGACCCCAAGGAGAGAGAUGACAUUUUGCGGUCCAUGGGAGAAAUCUCUGCUUUGACAGCUAAAUUGUCCGACCUUCGAAAACAUGGGAAAGGCGAUUCACCGGAAGCCCGGGCAUUAGCCAAACAAAUAGCGACAUCACUUCAGAAUUUGCAGUCCAAAACCAACAAGGCUGUUGCGAACAGCAGACCCGUCAAGCCGGCUGUUCAUCUGGAAGGCAAGAUUGAGCAAGCUCAAAGAUGGAUAGACAACCCUACGGUGGAUGAUCGGGGUGUAGGCCAGGCUGCCAUCCGGGGACUGGUGGCUGAAGGGCGCCGUCUUGCCAACGUCAUGAUGGGGCCCUACCGCCAGGACCUGCUUGCCAAGUGUGACCGGGUGGAGCAACUCGCUGUCCAGUUGGCUGAUUUGGCUGCAAGAGGAGAAGGUGACUCUCCGCAAGCCAGAGCUGUGGCUCUUCAGCUGCAGGAAUCACUGAAGGAUCUUAAAUCAAGGAUGCAAGAAGCUAUGACCCAGGAAGUGUCUGAAGUGUUCAGUGAUACCACAACCCCAAUCAAGCUGUUGGCCGUAGCAGCCACUGCUCCUCCAGAUGCACCUAACAGGGAUGAGGUCUUUGAUGAAAGGGCAGCCAACUUUGAGAAUCACGCAGCGAGGCUGGGGGCCACGGCAGAAAAGGCGGCUGCCGUUGGAACAGCCAACAAAAGCACCGUGGAAGGCAUCCAAGCGACCGUGAAGUCAGCAAGAGAACUGACGCCUCAGGUGGUGUCUGCUGCUCGGAUCCUCCUGAGGAAUCCUGGAAAUCAAGCGGCUUAUGAACAUUUUGAGACCAUGAAGAACCAAUGGAUCGACAAUGUGGAAAAAAUGACAGGAUUAGUAGACGAAGCCAUUGACACCAAGUCCCUCUUGGAUGCCUCUGAAGAAGCCAUUAAAAAAGACCUGGACAAAUGUAAAGUAGCAAUGGCCAAUGUUCAACCACAGAUGCUGGUGGCAGGGGCCACCAGCAUUGCCCGGCGAGCUAACCGCAUCCUGCUGGUGGCAAAGAAAGAGGUGGAAAACUCAGAAGAUCCUAAAUUCCGUGAAGCGAUUAAAGCCGCCUCAGAUGACCUGAGCAAGACCAUUUCGCCGAUGGUGAUGGAUGCAAAAGCCGUGGCAGGCAACAUUUCUGACCCUGGUUUGCAGAAGAACUUUUUUGACUCUGGAUACAGGAUUCUUGGAGCUGUAGCCAAAGUCCGAGAAGCCUUCCAGCCCCAGGAGCCAGAUUUUCCCCCUCCUCCUCCUGACCUUGAGCAACUCCACCUCACUGAUGAACAUGCUCCUCCAAAGCCCCCCCUGCCUGAAGGGGAGGUCCCUCCUCCUCGCCCCCCACCCCCCGAAGAGAAGGAUGAAGAGUUCCCGGAACAGAAGGCUGGUGAGGUGCUUAACCAACCCAUGAUGAUGGCUGCCAGGCAGCUCCACGAUGAAGCCAGAAAAUGGUCCAGCAAGCCUGAAGUGACCAGUGGGGGUAAGGAAGCCCCUGCUGAGGCUAGCCUAGGUGUAGCCCGGGAGGAGGCGGAGGAGGAGGAAGCAGAAGCUGAAUUCACCCUCCCCUCCGACAUGGAAGACGAUUACGAGCCUGAGCUGCUGCUCAUGCCAACCAACCAGCUUGUUAACCAGCCAAUUCUAGCCGCUGCUCAGUCUCUGCACCGGGAAGCAACCAAGUGGUCCAGUAAGGGAAAUGACAUCAUUGCCGCCGCCAAGCGCAUGGCCUUGCUGAUGGCCGAGAUGUCCCGCUUGGUGAGAGGUGCCAGCGGAAACAAGCGGGCUCUCAUCCAGUGUGCGAAAGAUAUCGCCAAAGCAUCUGAUGAAGUGACCCGUCUGGCUAAAGAGGUGGCCAAACAGUGCACGGACAAGAGGAUCCGAACAAACCUCCUGCAGGUUUGUGAACGAAUCCCAACCAUCAGUACUCAGCUGAAAAUCCUGUCCACUGUCAAAGCAACCAUGUUGGGCCGGACCAGUAUCAGCGAUGAGGAGUCUGAGCAGGCCACUGAGAUGUUGGUCCACAAUGCCCAGAACCUCAUGCAGUCUGUCAAGGAAACUGUCCGAGAGGCUGAAGCAGCUUCUAUUAAGAUCCGAACGGAUGCUGGAUUCACCUUACGCUGGGUUAGGAAGACCCCAUGGUACCAGUAGAGAGCACGGCUCCUCCCUCUGAGCAUUGUUUUUUUUUCCCCACGAGAACCCCCCCCCCUUCUGCAAACCACCAGAAGGAGCUGCUGAGGUUGGCUCAGGAGUCUCCUGAAGCGCCAUCCUGAGGGUUUGUAAUAGUGCGCUGGGCUGCUUUGGGUAUCUAAUCUCACUUUAGCUUAUUUCCAGACUUUUCCCUUCUCUUGCUUUUGAUUUAUUUUUAUUAUUUUUAGGAACACUAUUUUAAUCCGGUUCUUCUCUCCUCUACCUCUGUCAUGAUUGUGUUUUCUAUGCAACACACCAGUUUUGUUGUAGCAUAAUUUGAAAAUCUGGGCCAUCUUUGUUGGCUUAGUUGGUCAUUGUGAGGGACAAUCAGGAAAACCAAUAGUUGGGAUUUUCAGUUUUUUGCUGUUGGAUUAUUAUUAUUAUUUGGAUGAGAAGAUGAUAAAUUUAAUUUUAUCCUAUCCAA